CCGAAGGCCGAAGCAGAACGGUGGUCCAUUGAGAAAGCGACCAAAUUGUGGGGAGGAGCCCUAUUCAUCUUACGGAAUACAUAGUCUGCGUUGCUGAUAAUUCUACCUUGCUACUGCAGGCUUCCGAUCAUAAGAUUUUAGUGGUUAAAGUAUAGAAGGGUUGCAUCAUCCUUGCAGUGUUCUCAUGCUACUGCUGCUAAGAACCUAUUAACUUCUUUUUGUCUUUACAAUUGAUGGCUGUAUUGGGUUCUCUGCAAGUACUUCACAAACAGGGAAUAUGCAAGAACUACAGGAAUGAUGAGUGGGGGUUCAAGAGAAAAACAGCUUGUAGGAGAAACUCAGUUUCAUCCGGAACCAAUCUUAACUCAAUUGCUUUGCAAUGCGAUUUAUGGAGUUGUCGUCUUUCAUCCAAUAUACAAAGACCAAUAUCCUAUGGUCUAUGUAGAUUUACACCAUUCAAAUGUUAUUCUUUUCUAGAUCCAAGCAAAACCUUCCAAGCUUCAUCUCUAAAGAAAUCUGCUGUUGCAUUGACAAGGAACAUUUCUGCAUUGGGCGGGUCAUAUAAUGCUUUUCAAGCAAGCCCUCUACUGAAGUUGGCUCCAGCUGUUGGUAUUAUCGCUUUUGCUCUAUGGGGUCUUUUGCCACUCAUACGCCAAAGCAGAAAUUUGUUUCAGCAUAAUCAGAAAAGUGAUAAUAAUUGGAAAAAGAGUGGCACAUACUAUGUAAUGACCUCCUAUCUUCAGCCUCUUCUUCUGUGGACUGGAGCAACCCUUAUCUGCAGGGGGUUAGAUCCGUUGGUUCUCUCUUCAGAAGCUAGUCAAAUUGUUAAGCAGAGACUCCUGAACUUCAUAAGAUCAUUGUCAACUGUUUUGGCUCUUGCUUAUUGCUUAUCAAGUGGAAUCCAACAAGCACAGAAGUUAUUGAUGGAAACAAAUGGCUCAUCUGAUCCACGCAAUAUGGGUUUUCAAUUUGCUGGGAAAGCUGUCUAUACUGCGGUGUGGGUUGCUGCCAUUUCAUUGUUCAUGGAGUUACUAGGAUUCUCUACACAAAAAUGGCUCACAGCUGGAGGCCUUGGAACGGUGUUGCUUACGCUUGCUGGUCGAGAGAUAUUCACAAACUUCCUGUCUAGUGCGAUGAUUCAUGCAACUCGGCCGUUCAUUGUUAAUGAGUGGAUUCAAACUAAAAUUGAAGGCUAUGAACUUUCUGGAACCGUUGAGCAUGUGGGUUGGUGGUCACCAACUGUUAUAAGGGGUGAAGAUCGUGAAGCUGUUCACAUUCCCAAUCAUAAGUUCACAGUUAAUGUUGUGAGGAAUCUGAGUCAGAAAACUCACUGGCGCAUUAAGACUCAUCUUGCAAUUAGCCACUUGGAUGUGAAUAAGAUAAAUAGUAUUGUUGCUGAUAUGCGUAAGGUUUUGGCUAAGAACCCCCAAGUAGAGCACAAGAGAUUGCACAGAAGAGUGUUUCUGGACAACAUUGACCCUGAAAACCAGGCCCUUUUGAUUUUGAUAUCCUGCUUCGUCAAGACCUCACAUUUCGAAGAAUAUCUGUGUGUGAAGGAGGGUGUGUUGCUGGAUCUUUUGAGAGUUAUCAGUCAUCACCGUGCUCGGCUUGCCACUCCUAUCCGCACAGUGCAGAAGAUAUACAAUGAUACCAGUAUGGAGAACAUGCCUUUUACUGAUUCUAUCUUCUCUCGUGGAGGAGCACCAGCAUCCAACCGACCUUUGCUUCUGAUUGAACCAAAUUACAAAAUCAAUGGAGAAGAAAAAACUAAACCUCAAACUCGCUCAGACAGCAAGACUGUAACACGUCCCAGUUCGGAUGGCAAGACAGAUACAAAGACCAGUACAACACCACCAGCGAAUGAUUCGAAAGCAAAAGAAAAUGAUCCCAAAGUGAGAGAAGCUUCAGUCUCUGAUUCUAUGAAAGCAAAUGAUGAAAAUGAAAUUCCAAUCUCCAACUCUAAAACCACAGACGAAACUUCAAACCAAACUGUCUCCAACAAGCAACAACCUAAGAAGACAAUAUUGGGGAACGACAAGGUGAGCAAUACGAUUGAAGAAACGAGUGAUAAACCAGCAGAUAAAAGCCCAUCAACUCCACAAUUGAAGCAAGAAGGUGAGAAGAUGCUUCGGCCCCCUUUAGAGGAGAACAUGGUACUUGGUGUUGCUCUCGAGGGCUCCAAGAGGACUCUUCCUAUUGAGGAAGAAGAGAAAGCUCCUACUCCACCAGAUAUGGAAAUGGUAUCUAACAAAAAUGAAAACGGCUCUCCUGUUCCUGGAAAUGAAAAGGUGGAAGGCCAGACACCCAAUAUUGGAAACAACAGCAAGGUGACUGGAGGGAUCUGAAUUAGCUUGUAUCUUGACUGUAAAUUCUACCAUCUUUGGUGCUUUUUUAUUAUUGCCAAGAUGGAGGAAUAUAACAUAUAUUUGUUUUUAAUAUUCAUUAGUUCAUUCAAGAGAAGUUAGUUGUAGAGAAGAUUUAAAGUGCUUUACUUAAUUGCUGCAUUGAGAAUUUGAGAUUGCACUCUUUAUUCUAUUACUUAGAAGUAU